UGGCUCGCAGCGGGGCCGCGCGGGCCGAAGCGAACGGGUGGAGAGAGGGUCCAUGGCGUAGCGGCUCUUAGGCCUUCUCGGAGGGCCAACAGCCAUGUUUGGCGCUUUUGACAGUUUUCACGUAGAUUUCUCAGAUGUCGACGUCAUUAAGAUCUUCGUUCGAAGGAAUGGCACCUCAGAUGCCCUAAGGGAAGUCUUGUUGCCACCCCAUACGAAGAUUGCAGGUUUGCUCGAGAAGUGCACCAAGGCUCUAGACAUGGAGACUCCAGCAGCCAAGGCUUUCCACUCCAAUGGUGUGGAAUGUACAGAUGUGGAUCAGGUUGACCAGGGCGAAGUCCUUCACAUCUCCUGUGGGGAGCCCUUCCAGGUCACCGACGCUGGGGCCGGGACUCAGAUGGUGGGGGACUACGUACUCCACGAGAAACUCGGCCAAGGCGGCUUUGGCUGCGUCAUGAAAGGUGUGCACAUCGAGACAGCGGAGCCAGCAGCCGUGAAGUUCGUGCCAAAAAAGAGCUUUCGGCAGUUUUCAGACCUGCAGCGCGUCUUUCAAGAAAUUCAGGCCCUUCGAAAUUUGCGUCACCCUCAUAUCAUUCGCGUCUUAGACGUUGCUGAUCAUCCUGAUUCGAUUUGUUUCAUCAUGGAAUUCGCUGCAGGCGGUGAGUUGCGUGGCUAUGUGGAGCGGCAUUCCUGUUUAGAAGAGGAAGAGGCCCGGACCUUCUUCAAGCAGAUCGUCAGGGCUGUGCACUACAUCCAUAGCAAGAAGAUCAUCCACCGGGACCUGAAACUCGAAAAUGUGCUCCUUGAUGCUCACAACAGGUGCAAAAUUGUGGACUUUGGGCUCUCUGACUAUGUCUCCUCGAAGGAGCGCACAGUCACUGAUGCAGGAACUGAAGCGUACCUCGCACCAGAGGUUUUCAACGGAUGCUCUGGAGAUGCGGAUCCCUACAAGAUUGAUGUUUGGGCCCUGGGCGUCAUCCUGUAUGCUCUCUGCCAUGGCAGGUUACCUUUUGGACGCCCAGAUCGUGAGACGUGCGCCAGGAUAGAAAGUGAUGGGUUGAGCUUCAAGGAGACCGCCUCCACCAACUAUCGCCGCAUUGUCAGGGCAAUGUUGACGCCACGACCAGAGAAGAGGGCCUUUGUGGAUGAAAUCACUCUUGAUUCUUGGGUCACCAUCCAUCGUUUCGCCGACUUCGAUGAAGUCCCUUCACCCACAUCUCCUGGUGAGGACGGCGAAGUGCCAGGCGCCUCUAUGGAAGAACGAGCACGACUUAGCACCGAGGACCAGGAACUAGAGGCUCCUCCUGGAACCUCCAUGACAGAACUAGAUGUGGAACGCGCUCAAACUGCUAGGGCAGAGCUCGAAGGGCACUCGCCCAGGCGAGAGCGGCGUCCCCGUACCGUUUCGGAUAGUCCGGGCACUUCCGCGACGACACCACGAACCAUCUUGCGCAAAGGCCCUACUGGUCUUGGACGCGCUGGGAUGGCUGUCAUUCGCGGAGACCGUCACGAGCAAAAGGGGUGUUUGACGCGUGGGGCUUGAGGAGCAUUGACCAAGUAGGGAGGAAGUCAACG